AGCCCGCGGAGAUUUACUUUGAAGAGACAUGCCGGAUGUGGCGUGACAACAUUGCGUCCGCCUUCUCAGUCGUGACUCGCUCCAGCGGCGCUGUGUCGGUGUGUUUCUCCGCUUGAAACCUCCUCGGAGAGAAUUUCUCUCCGCUCAUCUGCUUCCAAUCACGGCGUCUCUGCCGCACACCGAGACCGGGAGCAGUCCAACUGGAUCUGUCCGACGUCUGAAGAGUCGGGACUUCGCCGAGCGUCACACCGCGGAUGGUUUUGUGUCCAGGCGUGGGACCUGGAAGCCCGGGCCCGCAGUGCGAGCAGGGAGGAGGCCCCGACGCCCCCUUGGUUUGACCCAGAAAACAGCACCGACGGCCGGGCUGCCUGUCAACUAGCAGGCCGGCUAGCCUGUGGCCGCAGCGGCGCUUGCGGGGUAGCCCCCGAGGAGGACCGCUAAUUGGACCGGACAGCUCUGCCCCUUUGAACCCAUAUGUGCUGCCGCUGUGGGUCUUAAGGAUCUGCUCCGCGCUUAAAGCGCACGUCUGGACCUCGGGGAGCUGGUGGCGCUCCCCGGCAGCCGGACCGUGGAGGCUCCGGAGCACGGACGCAGGAUCACGGGCGCUCUCUCCGGACUCUCUCAUAACUUCUCUCACCUGACUGAGACGCCGAUCAUGGCGGCCCUAACGCUGCUGAAGAAGACGGUGAGCCGGAACAAAAGGCGGUACCAGGAGGACGGCUUCGACCUGGACCUGACCUACAUUUAUCCCAACAUCAUAGCGAUGGGUUUCCCUGCUGAGCGGCUGGAGGGCGUUUAUAGGAACAACAUUGAUGACGUUGUUCGAUUUUUAGACUCGAAGCACAAGAAUCACUAUAAGAUCUACAACUUAUGUGCAGAGCGACAUUACGACACAGCAAAGUUCAACUGUCGAGUUGCUCAGUACCCGUUCGAGGACCACAACCCGCCCCAGCUGGAGCUGAUCAAGCCGUUCUGCGAGGACCUGGACCACUGGCUGAGCGAGGACGAGCAGCACGUCGCCGCCAUCCACUGCAAAGCUGGGAAAGGUAGAACGGGGGUGAUGAUCUGCGCCUACCUGCUGCACCGGGGCAAGUUCCAGGAGGCGCAGGAGGCUCUGGACUUCUACGGGGAGGUCCGCACCCGCGACAAGAAGGGUGUGACCAUCCCCAGUCAGCGGCGCUACGUCGUCUACUACAGCUUCCUGCUCAGGAAUCAGCUCCUGUACAAACCGGUGGCCGUGCUCUUCCAUAAGAUGCUGUUCGAAACCAUCCCCAUGUUCACCGGAGGCACCUGUAACCCUCAGUUUGUGGUUUACCAGCUGAAGGUGAAGAUCCACACGUCCAACCCUGCUCACACCCGCAGGGAAGACAAGCUGAUGGUCUUUGAAUUCCCUCAGCCGCUUCCUGUGUGCGGAGACAUUAAGGUGGAGUUUUUCCACAAGCAGAACAAGAUGAUGAAGAAGGAUAAGAUGUUCCACUUCUGGGUCAACACCUUCUUCAUCCCGGGGCCAGAGGAAAACCCAGACAAACUGGAAAACGGCAGCGCUGGGACGCUGCAGGAAGUGGACAGAACACAUCAGAACCCGGGGACGAUGGGAGAGACUAAUGACAGAGACUACCUGGUUCUGACUCUGACCAAGAAUGACCUCGACAAGGCCAAUAAGGACAAGGCCAACAAGAACUUCUCCCCAAACUUCAAGGUGAAGCUGUUUUUCACCAAGACGGUGGAGGAAGGAGCGAACUGUGACACGAGCAGCACGUCGGCCUCAGUGACGCCGGACGUCAGUGACAACGAACCGGAUCCCUACCACUACUCCGACACCACGGACUCGGACCCGGAGAACGAGCCAUUUGAAGACGACCACCACAAUCAGAUCACAAAAGUCUGACACAAAAUGCCCUCACACACGUAUAUAUAUUAUACAGUAUGUAUGUAAGUAUGUAUGUAUACACUCAUGAUGCCCAAACUGAGAGUGGUUGGACAGAGCUUGGAUCUGAAGGUGACUCCUCCCCAUCACACCUGGACAAUCACGACGUGACGGACUCAGUCAAAGGAGCAAACCCUGAAUUCACACGAACUGACAGAUGAGUAGACUUCAGUGGCCAGUGUUGGAUAAGGUCCCUGUAGGUCCCCCAGUCCCUUCCUUCCUUUUGGACCGGAACCUCGGCCUGGUCAUGCUUCAGGCCUCUACUCUUCUGUGUAUGGACGGCACCACUUUAAGCUUGAGUUGCGUUCUGUAGGUGUUUUUUUGAAAAUCAGGUGAUGACCCAGACGUUGCAUCAAGGUUAUUAUUUUAUUUGAAGGAGUAGUCAGUGGAACAAACCCUCCUGUGGUGAGUUCAAAGGAAACUUUGUGUUUGUGUAAAGGUUAGAACACGGGUUCAGAACCGUGGCAGCUUUUAUUGAGGAAGCUUUCAGUUUCAAAAGUAUUUUCUUUGAAUACAUUUCUGGACACGUUUUUUUUUUUUUUCUCUCAACCUGGUCUUCAAAAGCCAACCGGUUCAGGUCUAAACCCAGCCGGAGGCAGGCCGGUCCAGGCUGAACAAAGAGAAGCAACAGCUUGUUGGAGUUUGACAGUGAUGAGGAGGAACCAGGAUUGUUCCGUUCUGUCCUGUCCUGCUGACGGCAGGGAUCUGCUCUCACUCGGUUACAGAGGAUGUACUUUAUUAUACUCUGACCUAUAUCAAUCAUUAAGCUAAACAAUAACAAGCAAACUACACACAGUAUAACCUCCCUUCACACCCACACUAGCACCCCCUGGGAGUUGCUUUGUUUUAGGAAGUCCGCUCUGUCGGCAGAUGCCCGCUUGCUUCACGUUGGUGCUGAUUUUGUUGGAAGUUGGAAGAUCCAGUCCUUUGAUACAGCUGCUGGUUUAGCAGCUUCUCUACAUUCGGGUCAGAACCUGGUGUUGAUUCAUGGCAGAUUACUGGACCACAGCUGUUCUUUAUUUCCAGUGUCUUUGUUUACCAACAGGAUGGGUUUUUAAGUCCAAAGUUUGUGGACUGGCACUUCAAAGUUAACUCAAAGACGCGACAAACCGACCUUGCAGUCGGUCUGAAUCGACUUCCUCUACGUCCGAGUCAGAUUUUAGGUAGAAGGUGCAGGUCGUAGUGCAUGUUUAAUCCUGUGCUAGUUCAUGGUCCCGAGUUAGGGUUGCUUCUGUAUGAACCUGCAGGAACAUGAGAACUAGGAUGUACCCGGUGGAAGCACAAAGUAAUGAGGUUCUGUUAGGAACUGAGCAGGAGUCAAAUGGCUCGUGUGGGUCUCAGCCGGUGGUGAGUGGGGAAUGGCUUCGUGGCUCAUCCAGACAUAAGGGAUGAAAUGUUUGCAGACGUGGAUCUAUGUGGACUUUGUUACUAGACUGUUAACAACAUUGUUGGUGCUGUGCACUCGCUCUCGACGCCCCUACUUCCUGGGUGCUCUCGUGUUUCUAAACGGCUGCUGGGUCCGUUGGGUCCUAGGUGCUAAGCUGAGGCUGUUGUCCAUCUGUGGUGCUGUGUCCACAAGCUCAUCAACAGGCGGUCUGUGGCAUUAGGUGCUGUCACUGGCCUCCACCUGCUCACACGCUACCGCCAGGUCCUCCGUUGGUUGGAUCCAUGAAGGAAACAUGUCAGAUGGCAAACCUGGUGUCUUGGCGGACGGCAGUAGUGAAUGAUCAGGUUCCAGGUCUGAGGCCGAGGUGCUGCUCACGUCUAUGGCUGUUUCAGGUGCUCUAUCGUUUCCUUUGCCAUUAUACAGUUCUGGUCCAACUCCAGGUAGGUCAGAUGCAUGUGGGCAAUUUGGACUACACUGUAAAGAUGUUUGUGCCAGAUUAGAUAGAAACUCCAGGCAGCGAAUACUCCCCAGACCCAGAACCUUCGGUAAGGGUUCUAGUGAGUUCUUGAACCCAGUUAUCCAAUACCAAUGCUUGUCACCAGAAAAAACUGGAUGCUGCAGAACCUGAACCUUCCACCUUUAAGUUGGUGACAACUAAGAUCCGUGACAGUCAGUUUUCCUCAGAAGUUUGUGACGUUUGAAUGUGUUUGUCUGAAGAAAUGUUGGAAGCUAAAGCUCUGGGAGGUGAGUUUUAUGGACAUGAACAGUUGUGUUUAGCCAGUCAGACAAGUUCCCCUCUACCAACCUGCCAAAAUAAGUCCAAUGUUAGCGAAGGAAGCUGAGUCUAAGUUCUGCCUUAAGGUGUGGUAACGUUCCUACAGGUCCAGUGAGAGGACGGGUCAUCAUAGGCUGUUACACUCAUAUAGCAAACGUUUACAGCAUCAGAUCUGCCCUCUUCAACGGUGGAAGGUAACAGACGACACAUCCUCGGUUUCAGGCUGACGCAGACAAACCUGUGGUUUCCAGCUAAUCUCAUCAGAUGGGUAGCUAGAUGGGUUACGUCCUAACAGUCUGAGGCUAAAGCUAACAGGUCCUUUAGUGAAAGUCAUAAUCAUCAGUUGUGAUGUUUUUGUAUUGCAAUGUAGAGCAACUUAGUCCCAGUGUAUGAAGAAUGUAAAGGCUUAUUUCACUGUAUCAUGGUUCUGUUCAGCUGCUCAGCAAAUACACUCAGUGGCGUUUGCUUCAAAGACAAAAUCUUUUGGGGCGACACGAGAUUCUGUGUCUCAGGAACAUGGACUGGAGCUUUGACCUGAUGAAGAUCAGAACUGAACCAAACGUCCGACUGGACCUGAGGCUUCAGCUGUUGGAGAAGUCCAUCGUGGUUUUAUCAGGUCUUCAUCCUGUUUCUCACUCGGCCCUCGUGUGACGGAUUACUCCCGGUAUCUACUUGGCUUGUGUCACCACAGAAGAUAUUUCAUGUUAAUCUUCCCCUGCCCCACUUCUUUUAUUCUCUUCCUACUUGUUUUAUAUGGAAAUAAAAACACUGUAAAGGUGAAUAAACUAUUUAUAAACAGCA